AUGGCAGAACAACCACCCGCAAAGCCCGCCAAGGCCCCGAAGAAGAAGGCGGCAGCCCGCCCGGCCAAGGCGGGCCCGUCCCUCCAGACGCUGAUCAUCGGCGCCGUGACCGACUCCAGCGCGCGGAGAGGCGUCUCCCUGCCCGGCAUCAAGAAGGAGCUGGCCGGCAAAGGGGUCGAUGUGGUGCGGUCAAGGGGUUGCAUCGUCACCGCGGUGAACAAGCUGGUCAGCGACGGGACUCUGACACAGGCCUCUGGUUCUGGUGCCUCCGGGUCGUUCAAGCUCGCCAAGGCGGCGCCCAAAGCCGAUGUGCCCGCAAAGAAAGCUGUGAAGAAGGCGGUGGUGAAGAAGGUGGUCAAAGCCGCCAAACCAGCAGCCAAGAAGACACCCGUCAAGAAACCGGUGAUCAAGAAGGCAUCUCCCAAGAAGGCCGCGACCCCCAAGAAGGCCGCGACCCCCAAGAAGGCCGCGACCCCCAAGAAGGCCGCGACCCCCAAGAAGGCUGCACCGAAGAAAGUUGCUGUGAAGGCUGUAAAAAAGACAACAAAGAAGAAGCCUGCAGCCAAGAAGUAGAUCAGUGACCUGCACUACAUGCACCAAAAGGCUCUUUUAAGAGCCACCACAUUCUACUAGAGAGCCUGACCUACAACAAUGACAUGUAUGUGUUAUGUAUGUGUACAGGUGCACUCACUCACUCACUGUGUGAGAUGCCACCAUUCGAAUGAAUGUUUAUUCCAUCAAGAGGAAAAUGACGCACUUACAUACAAAUUGAAAUACUUCUCCAUUAUUUCUAUUUAUUACUUUACCUAAAUGCACUGAUUUGCAGACAAUUGGAUUUAUUGGUAAAUUAUUUUUGUUGCUAUUAUAAACACAAAAUAGUAAAAUGUAAUGAGAACCUAAUUACAUUGCAAUGAUCA